AUGAUGACCAGAAAGAUGGGACAAGCAAACCAGAAGUUGGUCUUGUACAGAGCCAUCAAGUUCUGCAAUGAGACGAAGAAGGUUGAGUUGGGCUUGAUGUUGGAAAGUAAGUAUGUCAAAGCAAAGCGCAUCAUAGAAGAAUCCAGAAAGGCAUUGGAGGGAUUCGACUGUGUUGUGAUUGAGCAAGAAUGGAAGCAGCAUGUUAACAAGGUAGAGAAGUCAGAGAACUACAUUGACAUUGCUGAUUUGAUGGAGUCCGGCUGUAAGGUUCAGGGCAAUAUUGCUUUGUUCCUUGUAAAUUUUACAAUUUUGCGCCAACUAAGAGAGCUUGCUAAUGAUGCCAACGGAAAUCAUGUGAAAGAUGAGAUCAAUAGGCUGAAGCACGAAAUGGAGAAGUUGAAGACGAAGAUCCAGGAGGAAUUUGAGGACUUCCAAGAACCUGAUGAAGAAAAUACAAACCUCAUAAAAUAUAUAGAAGAAAAUGCCCAGCUAGGGUACAACAAGUUCCAAGCUUACAAAAAAAUAUUCAAAGAUGCGAUUAGAGCCAAUGUUCAAAUGUAUCAUGAUACCUUGGCAUUGCUUUACAAAUCUGGCCAUAUUGGCACAAAAAAGUCCAAACAACACGAAAUUAGCCUGAAUAAACAGGCCAAACAAAUUACCUACCUCCUGCAAGCAUUCAAUUUUGAAUUCAAUGAAAUCUGCCCCAAAGUCCACCUCUUUCUUGCCAAGAAAAGAGCAGAAGAAGAAAUUGCACUUCUGAAGCGUGAUGCCUUCUGGCUUCAAUACUAUGUCACAAAAGAAAGGACUUUAAUAGAGCAAGGGCUAAAAGCCCUUGACAAUGCUGUAGUCUUUGCUCAGACCAGUUUCCUUCUGGAAUUUUCGUCUUCUCCCUCCUCCAUUCCUUUUGUCUCCUCCUACAUCUCUUCUUCUUCACUCAUCAUUGAAGACAUAAACUCCCCCGAUGAUGGAGAAGCCAGUAUCGCUUUUGUUGUGGAAGGUGAUGAUGACAACGAAAAUAACGAUGACAAUGAUGACAAUGACAAUGCCAAUGAAGACGAAUAA